AUGCGUCGCACCGGGACGCUCCUCCUGCUCUUCCUAUGUUCAGUCCAAGCCAACUUGGAAGGCCCCUUCCUAUUCUUCGGACCAAAAUCCUUAGAUAAAUACAAAAGACCAGCUCUGAAGUACUUGGACCAAGAUGAGCUGAUGCGGAUAUACGGAGAGCAGGCGGCGAUAGUGGUGUUCAACAACCAGGACUCAGUGCCGCUGUCCAGCGGGUACUUCCCGCGGCUGCGCAAGAUACUGGAGCGGCAGAGCACGCUGGUGCUGCCGCAGGACUUCCUCGACGUGCACCCCGACUACAUCAGCAACGAGACGCAGGUGCUGACGCUGCAAGGUCCCUGGUCGGAGCGUGAUGCUCAGAUGACGGAGACGUUUGCCAGGCUACAGGACAUCUAUGGUGCUGGUCGUGUGCUUGGGAUCCUAGGUAACUCAGUGUCACAAAGUCAGUCAGCUGAUUACAUUGACGGAGAGCCGUGGGCCCGGGUUCGACGCCAAGCGCAGAACGAUACGACAUCGUCGACUACUUCUCCAGACGACGAGAGACCAUCGAAAGUGAUGCAGAAGUUUGCACUUUAUAACGCUACAGGCCUGCCAGGCAAGAGCGCUCUCCUGUAUUCGUCCGGAUGGCCGGAGUUACGUCGUACGAACGGCAGCACCAUCAGACUGAGCACUCCGGUCGGACAGCCGACCAUCAAACCGACCCGGCUGUACACCAUCAUGGUCGUUCGGUUCGUUGACGGGGAUAGCAGAGAUAAGAUAACUCUCGAGUUCAGCUUCAAGCAGUCAGCUGGCUGGUGGACUGCAGUAGGAGUCGAGGUGAAGUUUGGCCUGGAGACGACGGGCAUAAGUCUGAAGGCACCAGCGCCACCUGAUGCACCAUCCGCUGUACUAGGCCGAUCCUACCAUUGCUCGCUGCCACUCGUCUACUCAUCUGAAGAAGCUACACUGACAUUGCCUGACGUACAGAUGCAGAUGUUCAUGGACAGCACUGAGAAGUUCUCUGAUGCCUUCGACUGUAUCGGUUUCACCACUGUACCGAUCUGGUCUGGUAUAAUGGUCUCCUUCAUCAUGUUGAUCGGCCUGGGCAUCUCCAUCUCAAUGAUCCUCGACAUCAAGACAAUGGACCGCUUCGAGAACAUCCGCAGCAAGCAGCUCACCAUCACCGUCAGCGAAUAA